UAAGAUCAGCAUAUAUCCUGUCUAGAUAACCAUAUCCUCAAGCUUCGUUUGUUUUCAACAUUUUUUUCUUCAUUUUUUUAUAAGAUUGGUUGCCAACAAUUUAAUCUUUAUUCUUAUUACUUUUAAAAGAUUGCAUUGACCUUUUCUAUCAAAAUUAUGCUUUCGUCUAUUCUCAAAAGUUAUAACAUAAAAAAAAAAAAAAAGAGGACUCACGAAAUCAAUGGGAAUGGUUUUAUAUUAACGUUUGCCCUUUUAGUUUAUCCGGUGACGUGGAGUUGUUCGUCUGCAAAAAUAAGUUGUGGUCAGAACAACCGUUUCCCGGUACUUGCAGUUGAUCACGUUGUCGUUCGCAGUGUCUAUUUCCAUCUCUCUGAAGAAAAAAAUUAGACUGAAGAUAUGGGAAAUGCAAACGGAAGAGAAGACGGAGCCAACGGCGGCCUCGACGAUCUCUCUGGGAGAUCCAACAGCAUCGGGACGGUGGUUCGUGGAGCGGCUGCGGCUGCCUCAGCAGCAGCAGAAGUUCGCGUGCCAUCGUCUGAUCCAAUGGAGAGCCCUCGCCAGUCUCGACCCCCUCUUUUAUUCCCUCCUCAGGUUCCUGUAGCUCCCUUACCAAGGGGUGAUGGUCAUUCCUUUUUGAAUCAAAUUUGGCAUGAUUCUCCUGGGGUUGCUGAUAAUCCAUCUGAGAAAGGAAUCCCUGUCAUCAUUACAUGGAAUUAUGGUGGUAAUGAUGUGGCCGUGGAAGGUUCUUGGGACAACUGGAGAUCAAGGAAGACACUGCAGAGAUCUGGUAAGGACCACUCAAUUCUCUUGGUCCUUCCAUCUGGCAUAUACCAUUACAAGUUUAUUGUCGAUGGCGAAAGGAGAUAUACGCCUGAUCUGCCUUUUGUAGCUGAUGAGAUGGGCCAUGUUUGUAAUCUUCUUGAUGUUCAUGACUAUGUACCUGAAAAUCUGGAUAGCGUAACUGAGUUUGAAGCUCCAGGAUCUCCAAAUUCCAGUUAUGGUCAGGCAUUUCCAUCGGAGGAAGAUCUUGCAAAGGAGCCUGUUGUAGUUCCAUCCCAGCUGCAUCUAACUGUUCUCGAAACAGAUAACCAAGAUGGAGCAUCAUCCUCGAAGCCUCAACAUGUUGUACUCAACCACCUCUUCGUAGAGAAAGGAUGGGCAUCUCAGUCUGUUGUUGCCCUGGGAUUGACCCAUAGGUUUGAGUCCAAACACGUGACUGUUGUACUCUAUAAGCCACUCAAAAGGUAACACGUGCUUUUCCCAUGCUGUACUCUGUAAAGAAAUGAUAGGAACUUCACGUUUGUUUGUGAAGGUACCUCUGUUUUAUAGAUCUGCUUUGACACUUCAA